GUGCUGCAGCAUGGGUGCCUGGGGUGCUAGUGGACCAUGUCGGAGGGUUUGGGACAAGUGUUUUGGUCGAGCUGGAUGCUGGAGAGGACGGCUAUCGCCUUGUAUACGAGUGCACCCAGACUGUCCUUUCUGUGGAGGGCUGUUUGGGUUGCGCCUUCCGCAUGGUACAAGUGACAUAACGUCAGCGCUGCCACCCCACCGCGCCUAUUGGAGCUCUACCAAACAACAUCAACCACUUUUUCUAUCAACCCUCUCUCUCUCACUAUAAUCACCUCACGCGUAUUCUUGACAUGUCUUCAAGUGCCCCCAACCGCGACGACCAGAUCGCACAGCUUGCAGGCCUGACCGGCGUUGCUCCUGCAGAGGCUGAACGAUACCUCGACGCCGCAAACGGUGACCUCCAAGUCGCCGCCGAACUCUUCUACGAGCAAUCCGCAGAACAAGAACAAGCAUCAGACGACGACAUGGCCGACAACAACCAGACAACGAAUCCCACCCCCAACCCUCCCCAGCAGCCGGUUCCGGGCGGCGGCCGUACUCUCGGAGGCGCAUACGUCCCACCCACCGAGGCGUCGUCGUCCUCGUCCUCGAGACCACAGUCCACGCAGUCGUCGGCGCCGCAGCAGCGAGGCGUAGCCGGGCUGAGGACGCUUAAGGACCUGCAGUCUUCGGGUGGCGCACCUGGCCACGGACACGCUCACGAUGACGACGACUCGGACGAGGACUUCAAGGACGACGAGAACCAGGACUUCUUCGCGGGAGGAGAGAAGUCGGGUCUUGCCGUGCAGAACCCCAACCAGUCAAACCCUCGCGACCACAUCAACAACAUCCUGAAGAGGGCGCGGCAAAAUGCUCCCCGACCGGGAGGCGACGACGAACGACCUACUUCGCGCUUCACAGGCAGUGGCAUGACACUCGGUGGCGACGACGCUCCUUCGCGACACAUCCCUGACCCGGCCGCGGGCCAGUCCGCGCCUCAGCCACGUGCUCACCGCGAGCUUCACCUUUGGCGGGACGGUUUUUCAGUCGACGACGGGGCGCUCUUCCGUUACGAUGACCCGGCAAACGCUCGCACGUUGGAGAUGAUCAAUACCGGCCAUGCUCCGCUUCAUAUCUUGAACGUCGAGCACGGCCAGGAGGUCGAUGUCGAGGUACACGCACACAAGGACGAGGAUUACAAGCAGCCAAAGAAGAAGUACGUUGCCUUUGGUGGCUCUGGCCAGCGGCUUGGUAGCCCCACGCCGGGCGCAAGCUCCUCUGCGGCACCUCCCGCAGCACCUGCAGCUCCGGCAGGCAACACAGGUGCGUCGGCCUCGACUGGUUCUGCGCCAGCAAUCGUUGAUGUCGAUACUUCUGCACCUACGGUUACACUGCAGAUUCGCCUUGGCGAUGGUACACGCAUGCAGUCGCGCUUCAACACGACCCACACUAUUGGCGAUGUCUACGACUUUGUGGACCGUGCCAACACCAACGGCCGUGCGUAUUCUCUGAUGACGACAUUCCCCUCGAAGGAGCUGUCAGAUAAGGCACAGGUCUUGGGCGACUUGGCCGAGUUCAAGCGUGGAGGUGUAGUUGUACAGAAAUGGACAUAGAGAUAUGCACAACAAUGAUCUCUAGCGUGCAACUCAAGGUCUUCGGCAUUGGUUGUGAGGGCUUCGACAUGUCGGCGUCGGCCUCCGAGCAAUGGUUGUGGGGAUUGUGGAGGGCCCACCGCAAGCAAGUUAAAAAGAGGGUCGAUUGGAACGACCGCGUCAGCGUCACUUUCGACUUCUAUGUAUUAAAUUACCGACUGACGUUCAUCUU